AUGACCAAGACUCAUAAUGGCAACGGCAACGGCAUCGGCUUCACCUAUGGCGCUAACGGCAACGGGAAUGGUGCCAACGGCAAAGGAAGAUACGGAAAUGGAAACGGGAACGGUGUGAACGGCAAUGGUGCCGUUAAUGGCUACUGUUACACCAACGGGAACGGCAGAAAAAACGCAUUAACCAGAUACGGGCUUCCCAAUGGCAACGGUUAUACUUACGGUGCUAAUGGUAACAGUGCUGCGAAUGGCAAUAGCUACACCAACGGCAACGGUGCUGUCAACGGCAACGGUCACACUAAUGGCAACGGUGCUGUCAAUCGCAACGGCUACACCAACGGCAACGGUGCUGUGAACGGCAACGGCUACACCAACGGCAACGGUGCUGUGAACGGCAACGGCUACACCAACGGCAACGAUGCUGUGAACGGCAACGGUGCUAUCAAUGGCAACGGUUACACCAACGGUGUCAACGGCAACGGCGCUGUUAACGGAAACGGUUACAUCAACGGUGUCAACGGCAACGGUGCUGUGAACGGCAACGGCUACACCAACGGCAACGGUGCUGUGAACGGCAAUGGCUACACGAGUGGCAACGGUGCUGCGAACGGAAACAGCUACAACAACGGCAACGGUUUCAACAACGGCAACAGUGCAGUCAACGGAAACUUCUACACCAACGGAGUUAACGCCAACGAUGCUGUGAACGGCAACGGUUACACUAACGGAAUCAAUGGCAACGGUUACACCAACGGGAACGGUGCUGUCAACGGCAACGGUUACACCAACGGCAACGGUGCUGUCAACGGCAAUGGUUACACCAACGGAAACGGUGCUGUCAACGGCAAUGGUUACACCAACGGGAACGGUGCUGUCAACGGCAACGGUUACACCAACGGCAACGGUGCUGUCAACGGCAAUGGUUACACCAACGGCAACGGUGCUGUCAACGGCAAUGGUUACACCAACGGCAACGGUGCUGUCAACGGCAAUGGUUACACCAACGGAAACGGUGCUGUCAACGGCAACGGUUUUACCAACGGAAUCAACGGCAACGGCUACACCAACGGUAACGGUGCUGUGAACGGAAAUGGUAACGGCAACGGGUACUCCUACCAGCCCCCUAGUGUACCUGUGAACCUGUACCAGACCCCAGGCAGCAACGGCAACGGUGCUGUGAACGGCAACGGUGCUAUCAAUGGCAACGGUUUUACCAACGGAAUCAAUGGCAACGGUGCUGUGAACGGCAACAGUGCUAUCAAUGGCAACGGUUACACCAACGGUGUCAACGGCAACGGCGCUGUUAACGGAAACGGUUACAUCAACGGUGUCAACGGCAACGGCGCUGUUAACGGAAACGGUUACAUCAACGGUGUCAACGGCAACGGUUACUCCAACAGUCGCGUCAACGGAAACGGCGCCGUUAACGGAAACGGUUACAUCAACGGCCGCGUCAACGGUAACGGUUUCCGCAUCAACGGAAAUGGUUAUUCCAACGGCAACGGUGCUGUCAACGGCAAUGGUUACACCAAUGGAGUCAACGGUAAUGGAGUGAACGUCAACGGGUACACUAACGGAGUCAAUGGCAAUGGUGCUGUUAACGGCAAUGGGUACACCAACGGCGUUAACGGUAAUGGAGUUAAUGGCAAUGGUUACACCAACGGAGUCAAUGGCAAUGGUGCUGUUAAUGGCAACGGUUACACCAACGGUUUUAACGGCAACGGAGUGAACGGAAACGGUUACACUAACGGCGUUAACGGUAAUGGCGCUGUCAACGGUAACGGUGCUGUCAACGGCAACGGCAACGGGUACUCGUACCAGCCCACCAGCGUUCCCGUCAACCUGUACCAGACCCCACGAGGCUAA